CUGAUCCAGAACACUAACAGAACUGCAAGACCAGUCAUUUUUCUCCCACACCCCUCUGAUCCUCUCCCAUCUUGGCUUCAACAAGCUCGCUACUGCCGCACCCUCUCUUUCCUACCCCACCGCCUACACAGCCUGACCCGGUCCCUACACUCUCUACGCUCCCUCCGAUUCCUGCAUCUCUUGCUCCAUCCCCAGCCACUCCAAGAACACAUUUUUCCUGGCCUCACUGUCGACUAUCUCUAGAAGCUUUGCUUUCAAUACCAGGAUUGAGACGUUGAGCCCAGGCCGAUGCAUCGUCAUCACCUCUGAAAGGUCCAAGAAUGGUUUCUACACAAUGUUUGUUUCUCUCAGUUUUGUUUGGUUGCUGAGAGAAACAGUGUGCUACAAGAUUUCUUGUUUAGCUGCUUAGAAAUUGGGAAAAAAAUUAAAUGCUGGUAUUAGUUUUUUUUAUAAUUUUCUCAGCAGUAUCAGGUAAAGUCCAAUGUUUGUGAAAAGCCCAACUGUUUCUAGACUUUUGUUUGAUUGAUGAGAAAAAUUGAGAGAGUGUACUACAUGGUUUCUUGUGAACCAGGGGGGACCAGACUGGGGUAGAAGAUUUUCCCAUGUGUUUUGCAUUAAAAAAAACCACGCUGACAAAUCCGUACGGGUGUUGCUGUGUAGCGGCUGCCAUAUAGACUUGCUCUUUUUUUAAACUCCCUGUCUAUGUCCUCCAUGCCAAUAGCCGCUGCAUCUAUUGCUCAAGUGCACCUUGGGACAUUGAAAGAUCAGCAAGAAGUUGCAAUUAAGGUGCAAUACCCUGGGUUAGAGAACCAGAUGAAAUUGGACACAAGUAUUAUGUCUUUCCUUUCAAAAUGCAUUGAAUGGUUUUUCCCUGAAUACAGGUUUGAGUGGCUAGUAUCAGAAUUUGUGGAGACUAUUUCUUUAGAACUUGACUUCAUUCAGGAAGCAAGAAAUUCAGAGAGAACUGCCAAAAACUUCAAAAGCAAUGACACGGUCUGGGUUCCUUAUAUAUUUUGGGAGUUAACAACAAGACAGGUUCUGACAAUGGAGUUUUGUAGGGGUUGCAAGGUUGAUGACGUGGAAUUUCUUAAAGAAAUGGGAAUCAAUCCGAUAAAGGUUGCAAAAGCACUGGUGGAAGUAUACGCUGAAAUGAUAUUUAUCCAUGGUUUUGUACAUGGAGAUCCCCACCCGGGUAAUAUAUUAGUUUCUCCUGAAGGCCGGUAUGGAUUUUCUUUGGUUCUUUUAGAUCAUGGAAUCUACAAACAACUCGACAAAGGAUUUAGAUUGGACUACUGUGAGCUUUGGAAGGCUUUAAUUCUUCUUGACUCCAAAAAAAUACAACAACUAGGUGAGCGUUUUGGUGUUGGAAAGUACGCUAGGUACUUCCCUCUCAUUUUCACUGGAAGAACUAUUGACAGUAAAUCACCCCUUGGGAGGGGAAUGUCUAACGACGAGAAAAGGGAUUUAAAGCAGGAGUUGAGGUCGCUGCAGAUGGAGGACAUAUCUUCAUUUAUGGAAUCUUUGCCUCCUGAGUUCUUAAUUAUAUUGCGAACAGAUGGGCUAUUGAGGUCUAUCCUUCGCAAGUUGGGUGCUUCUCAACGGGUUAGGUUGCUAACCUAUGCCAAAUAUGCAUUAUAUGGUCUUUCUCCGAGGUCGAAUCCUCAAUCUGAUUUUCCUAUAAAAGCUGUAUUAUCCAGAUUGAAGACGAACAUUAGUUAUCUUCAUUUAAGGCUUGUUCUCGAAGUACUGGAGCUGCUUUCUUGGAUGGAGAAGAUCAGGCGUUUACUUUACACCUUAACUGAAAGAAUGUCUGUCAUCUUUGCUGCUACUAUCUCCUCAAUCUUAAAAGGAGCUUAGGGGUACUCUGAAGCACCUGCUGAUCUUGUUUUACCUUUGGCUGACUGGCGUUUAAACUCUUUUGAGUCUGGAUGCAUGCGAGAAAACACAUUCUUUUCUGGUUAGGUAUCUAUAAGAAUUUGAGUGGCAUUUUUAUUGUCA